CGGGGCCCGGCGCUCGGACAGACAGAAGGAGGGUGGACUGACCGCUGGGAGCCGCCGGCGCGGGCCCCGCGACGGAGGACGGCUCAGGGCAGCGGCGGCAUGUGAGGGUGACAGCGCGCGCGCCAGGAGCCCGAGAGCGCGGAGCGCGCGUGGGCCAGGUGGACGUCAGCCUGCCGGCGGGGCCGCCGGGCGCUCGGGAUGGACGCCGAAGGCUUGGGUUGGCUUUUGGUCCCGCUGCAGCAGCUGGUUUCCUGGGGGGCAGCUGGGGCCAUGGUCUUCGGAGGGGUGGUGCCGUACAUCCCGCAGUACAGGGACAUCCGGAGGACUCAGAACGCCGAGGGCUUCUCGACCUACGUAUGUCUGGUGCUCCUGGUGGCCAAUAUCUUACGAAUCCUCUUCUGGUUCGGGAGGCGCUUCGAGGCGCCGCUGCUCUGGCAGAGCGUUGUCAUGAUCCUGACCAUGCUGCUGAUGCUGAAGCUCUGCACCGAGGUCCGCGUGGCCAACGAGCUGAACCUGAAGCGCCGGGUCUUUGCAGCUGCAGAUAAUAAAGAUGAAGCCAGAGCCCCCCCCAGGCGGUCAUAUCUGGACCUCGACCCCCAGCACUUUUGGCACUGGGACAGCUUUGGGGACUACGUGCAGUGUGUCCUGGCCUUCACCGGUGUGGCGGGCUGUGUCACCUACCUGUCCAUCGACUCGGCCCUUUUCGUGGAGAGCCUGGGCUUCCUGGCCGUGCUGACCGAGGCCAUGCUGGGCAUGCCGCAGCUCUGCCGCAACCACCGCCACCAGUCCACGGAGGGCAUGAGGACCCAGCAGCCGGACCCUGUUUUCCUUUGCAGAGGGACACUCUUACCACCAGGGGAUUGGGACGCCUGGCAGGAGUAAACGUCUAGGAUUUCCACCCUCCUCUGCUAUCACGGGUGGUGGUGGGGCUGCCUUUUUUUCUGUUUUGUUUGGAGUAGAGCAGUUAUUGGCUAAAGUUGCCUAUUCUGCCAGGCUGCACCCUUCCUGGUCUUUUGCACAGAGAACACCCUGUUCCUGGGGCCUCCUGGCAUUUCCUGCUUCUUCAGCUCCAAGUCUGGCAUUCCUGUGGCCUUUUCCCCACCUUUGAGAGUCUUGUGUCUCUGUGUAAUGUCCAGGGUGUAUGGGGGAGGAACAGGGAGACGAUUCUGUCUUCCAAGAAGCUGAAGUUUGUGUCACACCUGAUUUUAACUAACCCUUUGUUUUUGUGUGCGAUCCUCUUAUCUUGGGUAUGGGACACAUGACUGCAGCUGUCUUUUAAAAGGCUGACCUUCUAAACCUCCUUUUAUCUGACCACCGUCUCCAUGUUUCUCCAGAAACAUCCUUGCCAUCUGACAGUGAUGCACGGAUGUUUUAAUUUGCCCAGCUCAUCUACUUGACUGACAGCCUUGAAGGCAAGGACUGUAUCCUGUUUCUUUCUUUCCCCAGCACCUGACAGUGUGCUUGGAAAAUUACAGCAGUUCAGUUCAGUAAAUAUUUAUUGAAUGAACUCAUGAAGGACUAAAAUAGUUGAUACUCGAAAUCACUUUCGGGAAAGUGAGAACACUUGGGGAAGCAGGUAUGAAUGUGGAAGAUUUACCAGUGUGGGUACCUAGCUGAUCGGGCUAGUUCUUGGAGAAUUUGUGCACAACAGCAAAAGUUGCAGAAGGCCCCAGUGGGAAUUGUCCCUGGUGGGGCUGUGGUGACUCAGCCAGCAAAGGCAGUGUUGGAAAGACGCCAGGCCGCACCACAGAGGUCUGUGCUGCUCUGCAGAAGCGCGGCCGUGGGCGUGGCCAUCCCCCUUCCUGUCUCAGGGUGACCUCGGGAGUGACAGGAUGCGCAGAAGGCCCUGGUACCUGGGGCGUUGGACCUGAAAGGAGGAAGCCCGGGUGGUGCACGUGCUCCUGAGGUUCUGACUUUAGGGCGGAAAGGAUGCGUGUGGUCAUCAGCCUUUGGUGACCGCAGCUCCUCUCCCCCAGUGCCCUCCCCCCAACAGACCACCCGCCUGCCUGGUGGCACUGGGUAAAGGAGACAGAAGGCAAAGGCGGAAGGGAAGGGAAGGAGACUGCGGUCAGUGCCGCGAGCAGGUCGCAAGAAGGCCCGGCUGCGCGGGGACGAAGACCCGCUCCAUGCCAGCCGGCGGGGCCCGAGCAGGGCCCGGAGCCAGCGGAGGGGGGCAGUCUCUGUCACGGACAUGGGCACGGGCCGCUAAUUCAAUCAGCUUGGAGUGCAGGGUCCUCUCAAGAGCCCCACUCGUCCUCGUUAAGACGACUAACCUAAUCGUGGGCCCUGCCGCUCAGAGCCGGCUCUGGGUGGAGGUGUGAUUAGGUUAGGGGCCUGUUCAGCGUUGCUGUCGUGGCAGGGCUCCGUGGGAGGGUCUGCAGGGCCAGGCCGCUGGGGGCCUCUGCGUGUGGUGUGGGGUGGCGUGUCCUACAGGUGACCGGAGGUGACGGGAGGGUCACAGGUUCUCUGCUCAGCUGGAGUUAACAGAGAGGUGACCUUGCUCUGUGUGUAUUUAAAGGGCCAACACCCUUUUUCUUAGCCGUGAGCACAGACUGAGUGCUGAGAAAGAGAGUGAGUACAGGGCUGGAGCCUGGUUACAGUUUUGUUUCCUGUAAAAUUUGUGCUUCUUCGAAGAAGUCUGUGUAAGAGAAACUCUAAGGUAAAGGAAUUUUCACGCAUUGAUGGAUUAAACCUGAAGCAGGUGCGUAAACAGUGCAACGCCGGCACAGGCUUCUCCCAGCGCAGCUCACGGGCACCCGGGCCUCCGCGCGUCCCUCUCCUGGGUCUUCCCUCAGCCCCACCGCGGUCUCUGCUCCAUCCCUGCCAAGCUCCGUUUUGUCACUUUGUCCCCAGGGUGGGGCCUUCUUUCCUUGCUCAGUGACGUGUCUUCAGAACAGCUUGGCUGUCACACGUCAGCAAAUCCGAUUCCACGAUCCUGAAAAUGAGACUCUUAGGUUUCCCUGUGCAGCCCGGGCUGGUCUGACCUGCGUCUGACCCUUCCCUCGUCCCCAGGGCCAGCACGAUGCCACCCGUGUGUUCAGGGAGCCUGGAUGCCCGCUGGAGCCUGAGCUGUGGCGAGCAUGGUUGCCCCCGAGUGUCCAGCCUGUCACGUUGUAGCCUGAUUCCUACGGGGCGGAUCGCGGGCCCCUGGGUGGGGCGAGGAGGGUGGGGCUGUGAGGAAAGCGCCCCUUGCGCUUUCCACAUCCCGGCCUGGAAGAGAGAGGCUGGGGCUCCCUGUGUGCACUUAGCAGGGUCGGUUCAGCCCAGGUUCAGACCAGAACUUGCCCCGACACAGGACCCUCCGGCCGGCUGCAUGGUCAGCCCCCCUCGGCAUGGACACAGGAGCCUCCUGAGGUUGGUUGCUCCCGUCCCAAGCAGAGGACCAGAGGCCUUCCUCCCUCUCCUGCACCCAGGCCCGGACUCAGGACUUGGUCUCAGGGCUGCCUCUGCCCCUCGUCCCCACUUCCCAGCAGCCGCUCUGCGUGGCCUGACCCAGCGUCCUCAGGCAUCCAUCCAGGGAGCCCGCCGGGAGGGCUGCUUCACCCCCUGACCUUCUCUGAUGGAGAAGCCCUGGACCCGCUGGGAUUUGGGAUUCUCAGAGCCCUGUGGUCAGGGCCACCACAGAUCUGCUGCAGACACUCAGCCUCAACUUGCUUCAGACAGAAGACCGUCAGGAGGUGUAAGAAGGGAGGGGCUGUGAGGUCCUGUCUGAGGGCCAGCUUCAUCUCCUGUGGACCUGCUUGGAAGGGCCUACCCAUGACGCCUUUAGAGGGUGUGAGCCCACGCGCACAGGUGUGUGCACACGCUCACAUGCACACACUCGCACAAACGCACAGAUUCUCAAACACACACAUGCACAUAUGCUCACACACACACAUGCACACACUCAUUUUCACACACGUACAUUUCUUGGAGGAAAUGCAAGAGAUACUUGAUGAUUUCCCUUUACAAAAUGUUGAGUGACUGUUGCUUCUGAACCAGUACGAGAAAGUGCUGUCGCUUUUGAAAUCAUGUUACUAAUUAGUGCGGAAGUUCCCUCCUCCUUCCUCCGCGUUUUGGCCGGAUCGGAAGAUGUUCCCCAACAAGUAAUUACUGGAGAGCCUGGGGGCGGGUGGGACUGGAAGAGGAGGCCAGCUGUGGGGAAAACCAUCCGGGAACCGGUUACGAUUGAGGAGGGGGAGGGGCAGGCGGGAAGCCCGGGAGCGAGCAGGGGCCACGAGAGGAGGUCGUGUGUAGGCGCGUGCGUGUGUGCGUGCGCGGCCCCCGUGGUAUGGUGGGGAUGCCCCAGCCCGCUGCCUUGUCCCAGCGGGGACACUUCCUGCCUUGACGGAAAGCGUCCGGGAAGUGUCCACCUGGUCCGGCUCCGGCGUUGCCCUUGAACCUGGAGCUGGGCGCCUGGAGCCUUGCCUUGGCUGCUCGGGAAUCAGGGUGGCGUCUCCCCCGGGGGCCGCACGUACGUCACUUCUCAGCCCCCACUCAUCUUCCUCUGUCGUCCUUGACACGUAAUCAGCCCACAAUGGUGUGAGCGGAGAAUGCCAUGCACGUGGUAACAGCGCACGCCUGGGCUCCCACACACGCUUCUCCGCCACAGUACACACACGCACACGCCACACACCCCUGCACAUGUGCGCACACGCCACACCCAGGGUCCAGUCGAUGGACGAGGAGGGCUGGAAUUAGAAUUCAGCAAAAGCCCUGGAACUUAAAAGAAAAAAAAACUUCCUUGAGAUGUAACCUGUCACACCAUCGCCAUUUAAAGUACGCAAUUCAGUGGAGUUUAGGACUUCCAAAGAGUUGUGCAGCCGUCACCACAAUCUAAUUUUAGGACAUUCUCGUCACCCAGGAAGCAGCCUCACACCCAUCAGUACUCCCCGUUUCCCCCACCCUCGCCGCCAGGCCUGGGCAACCACUGGUCUGCUUUCCGUCUCUGCGGCUCUGUGCUCAGGGCACGUCAUGUAAAUGGAAUCAGACGAUGCGAGGUCCUUCGCUGCGUUCACUCUGCAUAAUGUUCCCAAGGUCCGUCCACGUACGAUCUGUCAGCGUCCAUCUUUUCUAAGGUUGGAUAAUAUUUCAGUGUGCGGACAGAUCAGGUUUUGCUUAUGUCUUCUUCAGCUGGUAGACAUUUGGGUUUGACAUCUUUUCGGCUGUUGUGAAAGUGCUUCUGUGAACAUUUGUGUACCAGUUUCUGUGUGGAUGUAUGUUUUCCUUUGUCUUGGAAUACACCUAGCAGUGGGAUUGCUGAGUUGGUGGCUGCACCAUCUUCUGUCCCCACCAGGGGUGUUCGGGGGUUCUGGCUUUUCCACACCCUCACCAACGCCUGUUACCCUCUGACCCCUUGAUUGUAGCCAUCCUCGUGGGUGUGAAGUGGGAUCUCCUGUGGCUUUGAUUUGCGUUUCUCUGGUGACUAAUGACAUCAAACACCUUUUCCUGUGAUUAUUGGCCAUUUAUGCGUUUUCUUUAGAGAAAGGUCUAUCCAGAUUCUUUGCCCAUUUAAAAAUUUGGUUAGCUGUCUUUCAUUAUUGAGUUGUAGAGAUCUUUAACUGUUCUUACAGAUACAUGAUUUGCAGAUAUCCUCUCCCGCUGUGUGCUGGCUUUUCACGCUGCAGCACAAGAUUUGACUUUGAUGGAGUCCAAUGGAUCUUUUUUAAAAACUGCUAUGCUUUGGAUGUCACACCCGAGAAACCAUUGUUUCUUGUGACCCACGGUCACAAAGACCUACUCCUGUGGGAUGUGUUCUGGGUAGGGUUUGAAUUUCGGGGAGCUUUGGAUAGGCGGACAGGAGGGUAGGUGUGGCCCGGGCCGGGAGGUGGGAAUGAGGCGCGGCCGGGGAGGUGUGUGGGCUGCUGGCGGGGCCGGGGUAGGCGCAGGGGUGAGGCUCUCACCUCGUGGGCACUGGCCGGGCGGAGGCUUUCUGGACGGCCGGAUGGGGCGAGGAUGAGGUGAGAGGUAUUUUAGGAAUAGUCAUCUGCCUGCUCACUUGGGGAGGAAACAUGCUGGAGCCAAGAAUGAGGUACCGGGGGCCCGGAUUAAAAUAGCACGAGGGCGGGGAGGGCCAGGCAUUUGAGGCAGCAGCUGGGGUGGGGCCCGGUGUGAGGGGGGACCUAGAAAACGGAAUCCAGCUUCCCGGCGCCCCCUGAGCUGGAGGAAUGCAGCCUGGGGACAGUCUCCCCUCCCACCCAGACCGGCUUCUGCAAGGUUCUCUGAGCCCUGCGCCCCCCGCAUCACUGGAGCCCUGGGCCAGCUGAGCCCUCUGUCGAGGAGGGGUCUUCCUGGAGACCCAGCCGUGCGCAGCAGGCGAGCUCCGGACGUGGUGUCCACGAGGACGUCCCUGGCCUGCUGGCCAGUGGUAGCCAAGCCUCGGGGCUCGCCCUGCCCGAUAGCUGUUGAGGGUAAAGGAUGACCUAACACCCGUGUGGGGAGAAUGGGCCUGGGCUCGGCACACGUCCACAGGGCACCGCAGGGUCUGGGGUGACCAGAGGGUGCGAGGCACGAGCUUGUAUGUCCAGAGCGCCCUGCACGAGGGCUCACGUCGCUCAGGCUGGCACUGGUCUGCUGCUUAGACGGGCCGGGAGCAGCCUGAUUAAUAUUUGCCCCGAGCCCUCAACACGUGGGGCUGCUGGUGGGGCCUGUCGGAUUCCUGCCCCCGGGGCGAGAGCUGACUGUGGGCCGGGCCCGGGGAGGCGCCUGGGCAGCUAAAAAUGUUCGUGUGCGUCAGGCAGGGCCCAGCUCUCUGCAGUGACCUCACGUCUCCACUUGUGGGGUGAAGGUGCACCUGUGCCUCCAGGGCCCAGACGGACACCAGCCCGGGCCAGGCUCCAGCUGUGCCUUCUGCCGCCCCCUCCCCAGCCCUUCCCACAGGGUAAGGCACUCGCUGUGUGCCCUUGGGCAAGCCACCCGACUUCUCUAUGCCUCAGCCUCUCCUCUGUGAAAGGGGCCGCACAGGCCACUCCGUGUUGUUUGUUUUUGGAGGGGGGGUCUUUGAGUCUCCUAUUAAGUUCGGGUGCCUCUGGGGGAGACUGGGCCUCAGCUCUUAAUUCUGUAAGAUGGAACUAGACUCAUUUAUGACUCGUUGGUUCUCUUCCUGUCUUCAUGGCCUUUUGUAGACAUAGCGGUUGCUUGGGGGAGCUUCUCCUUGAAAUGCUUGCUCUGUGGGUGUGGGUUUUCCUUUGAAAUGGAGGUGCUCCGAGCUGUGGAACGCUGGGAGCAGCCUCGCUGGCAGGCUGGGCAUCUCUGUAGCUCAGAUGGGUGGCUCCGGUCUGCCCAGGUGCCCGCAGCCUCCCGGUGCCACCCGGCCACACUGGUGCCCAGUCCCCCGGCGCACACCGCUCCCACCGCAGCUGUCACUCUGGGGCGUUUCUCCACCGUGUCAUGUGCAUCUCCCUCCCGCCCAGCCUCUGCAAUCCCCCCGGGGUUCUACGUGUGCAGGUUGACCCGAGCCACUGCUGGGCAGCCCCUGUGCUCCCACCUGCUGCUCUUUCCAGAUACCGCUGUGGGCGGCCCCUGUCCAGUCCCCUGUGUCCCCGGACCGUGAUGCAGUCACCUGCAGGCCAUUUUUCACACCACUAGUUCACUCUAAAAUUCCGAGUUGGUGCACCAGAGCAGGACAGAAUUCAGACGGAGAGAGAGGCACAACUUUGCGGCGACAGAUGCCACGGAGAAGGGAUGACAGCAGUGAGGCAUUCUCCCUGCUGCUCCUCAGCCAUCGUCCGGGGUCUACUAGGUCAGGUGUCCACAGGGACCAGUCAGCGAAGGCCAGCAAAACGUGGGACGGGGCACAGGGUGGCCAGUGAUGGAAUGCUGCUAAUCUCAGAUCUUUUCCACGAAGGGCCCGUCUUUCCCCUCGGGUGCAGCUACAAAUCCGGACGGGACGGAUGGAGCAGCUCUGGGUGCUGGAGCAGACGGAUUGACGUUUUGUUUUUUCACAUCUGCCAGCCUGGACUCCGGCGCAGCCCCAAGUCCAGAAUGGUGUGCUGGGUAGAGAGCUCCGAGAGAAGCCGCUCUGCCUGGUCUGAGGGGCAGGAAGGGCUCUCCUCCAGGACCUGCGGGGCACACCACCACCCAAGUCCCCGCCUGGCCACCAAGGGCUGCCCACACAGUGCAGAUACGAGUAGCGCCGCAGUGGUUUUGAAAACUGAGCAGAAAUUGAGCCGUAGCCCCUGAAAACCACCCAGAACUUGCAGCUUGAACUCAACUCAACCGCGUCGGUUCCCUGGUAGAACAUAAAACACGACGUUCUCCACAGGACUGAAGCAAGACAGUCUCCUUAUGGAACGUUAAAAACGUCUAGGAUAUAAACCCAAGUUCCUCACCACGAAGAAUAGGAAAAUCUCAGCAACUCUCAAAAGACGAUCAACAGACAACAAAGAAUCGAGAAACAGUCAACUAAGGUGACAGAUACUGGAAUUAUCAGAUUUUCAAGGCACUGGUGUAACUGCUCUAAAGGGCAACGGCAGACGCUCUUUAAAUCAAUGCAAAGACGGACCAUCUCAGGAGAGAAAUAAAAGCUGUAAGAAAAGCCAGCCCGAAAUUUUUAACUUGAAAAUACAGUAGCUAAAUAAAAACUACACUUCAGUAGUUCAGUAGCAGAAUGGUGACGACACAGGACGGAUUAAUGAACUUGAAGAUCAGUGAAAGUCUGAACAACAGAGAAAAAAUCGGGGGAAAAAAAGAGAACAGACUCAGGGACAGCACCAUGAAAUCUAACAUUCGUGUCGCCUGAGCCCACAGGAGAGGGGAAGGACUGGUGCAGAAGAGAAUGCCGGAGAAAUAACGGCUGAAGACCUCCCAAACUUGAUGCAAGAUCACCGUACAGCUUUAAGAUGUUCAGCAAGUCCCAAACAUGCAUCACAUCACAAACUGCUAAAAACCAAAGUCAAAUAAAUGUGGAAAGCCAGAGAAAAAGGACUGAUGAUAUAUAACAACCUGGAGUUUUAAAUGCAGAGUUAGGUAUCAGCUAAUUAAAAACAGAAGUCUUCAAACGCCACGUGAGUCAACGCGACAAGCCAAGCGAGACGCGCUGGGCUGUUCAGAUGGGUGGGCCGGCUGCAGGGUCGACGGGAGCCAACCUGCUGGGCCUCCCCGUGCCCUGAGUCAUUCUCCUGAUUAAGGAUCACGGGAGCCUCCAGACGCUGUGGGUGCAGGUCAGGGGAGCUGUCCACUUCCUGUCCCGGUUCUGCACGGUCGGGCUGACACUCCUGUGGGCAGAGCAGGGGACAUGGACAUCCCUGCACUGGGCCACGGGCUCCUCGCCUGGUUUUACUGAUAAGAGCUGACCUGGGGUCGGAGGUCGCCCAGCUCUGGGGUGAACCGGGGCCACCUCAGGGGCGCAAAGUGCCCGCCCUACCUGGGGCACAGACGGCUUCCAGCCUGGUGUCAUCCUGUCCCUGAGGGUCCUCACCUCCUCCCUGUGACAGGCGGCCCCCCCUCAAGCCGUGGUCUGGUUUAGUGAGCCACGCAGUGUGUGCCUGCUGUGGGAGUGGGUCUGAUUUAAACACUUUAUGCAGGAAAACAUGAUGGUGCUCAUGCCCGUUACCUGGCAACCAGGCGUUAGAUGCCGUGUGUGGAGAGGUGUGUGCAGACGUGAGCGAUAGAUGACACGGGGCCGCUCUGUGCCACACGGACCGAUCUCAGACUUUGGGAGUGGCACCGAUGACCAGGAAUGGAAUCGCCCUCAGGCUGUCUUUUGAGUGAGGGGCCUGGCCUGGAGGGGAUUCCCAGGAGAAGCCCGCAUCACCCUGCUUCGCCCGGCAGCCUCUGCUUUCCUGCUUAGCACCCCUGGGUGCAGGUGUGGGGGGCAGAGGGCCGCCCCUCCCAGGCCAGUUCUCGUGCUGCAGGGUCAGCCUGUGGGACGCGGCAUGAGGAGGUGGUGGUCUUCCCUCUCCCGUCUGAGGCCACAGCGUGUCUCCCGAGGGACACACACCUGAUGUGCCUGCAGCCAGGAAGGAUGGGACGUUUGUGAGGCCGUGUGGGCUCGGCCCCUGUGCCAGCCCCUCCCCUGCUCUGGAGAGCUGAGGCUGCUCCUGCCGAAGGGCCUUCCUGUCCUUGCGGCCAUGCACGCAGUGGCUUCAUGGCCAGGACAGGAGGCCUCGCAUGUCCCCUGGCCCCUGGAUUAUGACCCCUGACCACUGAGUUAUGUCUCCUGACCCUGGGUUAUGUCCCCUAAGCACUGGGUUAUGUCCCCUGACCCCUAGAUUUUGGCCCCUGACCCCUGGAUUAUGUCCCCCGACCCAGGGGUCGUGACCCCUGAUCCAUGGUCUGUGAGCCCUGACCACCGUUCGUGUCUCCACAGCAUCAAGAUGGUCCUCAUGUGGACGAGCGGCGACACCUUCAAGACGGCCUACUUCCUGCUGAACGGCGCGCCCCUGCAGUUCUCAGCGUGCGGCCUGCUGCAGGUGCUGGUGGACCUGGCCAUCCUGGGGCAGGCCUACGUGUU